UGUUCAGAUUAUAAUCCAGUCAGAGCUGAAAAAAAGGCCAGGCCAGUACCUUCAACACCAAUGAUCAUCUCUGUCCUCCCACAAUAAUGGAGGGAAACUUGGAGAGAUUUCUGUAGCUUCAAGCUUUCUGAACGGAAAGAUCUUCCUUGGAAACUACUUUGAAAGAAGCUGGCGAAGUUCCUGCCUUCUGAGGCACUAGGAGGAGUCCAGCUACAGUCAUCAUGUGAAUUGGUCUGUAAUACCAUAGUGGAGCUACCUCUGCCACCGUCCUCCUGCCUGCCUAAUUCAUGCUCCUUAAGGAACUGCUGCUCUAGGACGAAAGGCCCUUUAAGCACAGAGGCUACAAAGAGGCCCAGUGUGAAAGCAGGCGUUAACACAGUUACUUAACACAUUACUUCUGUCCCAGAGGAGCCGAACCCUGCAGAGAUCAGUGAUCUAAUUGGUUGCCUGGCACUUGAUCUGUGGCAAGCAGGACAAUGGCUGCCAGCAAGAGCAAGAACCAGAGUUCCUUGGCCCUCCAUAAAGUAAUUAUGGUUGGCAGUGGAGGUGUGGGCAAAUCUGCACUCACACUUCAGUUUAUGUAUGAUGAGUUUGUGGAAGACUAUGAACCUACCAAGGCUGACAGCUAUAGAAAGAAAGUAGUUUUGGAUGGUGAAGAAGUUCAGAUAGACAUUCUGGACACAGCAGGACAGGAGGAUUAUGCAGCUAUCAGAGAUAACUAUUUCCGCAGCGGGGAAGGGUUUCUUCUAGUCUUUUCAAUAACAGAACAUGAAUCCUUCACAGCAACAGCAGAGUUUCGGGAACAGAUCCUGCGUGUGAAGGCUGAAGAGGAUAAAAUUCCUUUACUGGUAGUGGGAAACAAAUCUGACUUGGAGGAGCGCAGACAAGUGCCUGUAGAAGAGGCCAGAAGUAAGGCAGAGGAAUGGGGUGUGCAGUACGUAGAAACCUCUGCCAAAACUAGAGCGAAUGUAGAUAAGGUAUUCUUUGAUUUAAUGAGAGAAAUAAGAGCAAAGAAAAUGUCAGAAAACAAAGACAAGAAUGGCAAGAAAAGUGGCAAGAACAAGAAAAGCUUUAAAGAAAGAUGUUGCUUACUGUGAUGCUUGGGAACUGUAAAUAUCUAUCUACAGGUGGCAUGGAUAAUAUACCACUAAGGAUAUAGGGCUGGAUUCAUGAAAGGAAGUCUGUAUUGACUCCUUUAUCUUUUGCUUUGCAUAUCACACCUUCACAAUGUGAAAACAGAACUUUGAAACCAUUUCUGAUAUCCAACAAAACCUUUGCCUACUUAAACUGAAAUGGGCUCCUUCUUCCCAGUGUCUUUCAAAACUAGAAACAGUUUCAGAACUACAGUCCUUCUGCUUGGUUACACAGUGUACUUUUGUAUUAACUCCUUCUAAUGUUUCUCUGUGUUUCUCUUGAACCUCUACUGGCCUUAACAAGCACAGCUGUUCAGGUUCAAACACUUCCACCGCUGUUGCUGCCCUCCUUGAUGGUGCAAACUGCAGAAAGGCUAGAUGUAACACCUGGUAAAGGGUUUGAGUCUCCAUCUUCUGUUGUCACUGAUAUUUCUUACACUGAGAUCUGCUGACUUCCUCCCCACACUCCAUGUAAGAAAUAGCAACUGACAGUUGACAGUCAACUCAAAAUAAACUUUCUCCUGUGUUCCCUUUAGUCAAUACAGCAUUCAUGAAUCAAGCCUAUGGACUCAAUUCAGACUUAUUUAGGCAAUGCAAAAAUUGAUAUUUAAAUACUGGCUAUAUGCACUCCCUGCUGGUCUGUCUUCUCAUCCUUAAAUUAGUGGUAUUGGGUGAGAAAAUGACUAUAAGCCUUUCUCAAAAGGAAUGAUGUCACCAUCUCCUUGAAAUGCUGUCCUUGGUUUCUUUCAUGUAUUGUGUCUAGAGUCAAUUACGCUCUACAUCUCUCAUCCUUCCUCUCCCUGGUACUGGAAUAGUGGAAAUCAGUGUUGAUUAAAUCAGUUUUGUUUAUAUUGGAACACUUGUGAUGAUAAUGUUGGAAAGUGAGAACAUCUGCAUCUGUCUCUUGUCUUGCUGAAGAUAACAAUAUUGAGUAAGGAUGGGUCCCAUCACACAAUCAUGUCUUGGAAUAGGUGAGGCAUACAUGCUACCUCUCAAUGAUUAGCUGGCUAGUGAGUUGUAUGGUGUCAAAAAGCAAAUGAAGUUAAGCAGUUGCCACAUCUAUUACUCACUGUUAAUUUUAUAUGUAGUGUUUCUGAUGCACAGCAACCUAGCACGUGGUGAGUUUUGCUGUCAGUUAUGCAAUGGUGGUCACGUAUUGUUCAUCAAAAACAGUCUAGAAAUGGAAAAGUCAGUACUUAGCAGGUCCUGUUCUCAGCUGACUGAGCUGAGCUUUAAAUUAAGUGCAGUUGCCAAAAAACACUUCUGUCACCAUGUAAAAGUAAGUCUUCUGAUUGCAGAGUCUCUCACUGAAUUGUAACUUUGAAGGAGUAGAGAGACUUUUAAGUACAGACUGUAUCUUGCUUGUAACUGGAUUCUCAAAACACAGUGGCUUGGUGAAAGUAAUCCAAGUUGUUCAAUGAAGCACACUGCAGCACUAAAUUAACAAAUGGUGUUUCUUCCUGAGAUGAAGGAGUAGUGAAUACUGUUCAGUACUUAGUGUUGUAAUUUGAGGUUGAAAAAUAUUUUUUAACAUGUACUAGAUUGCUUUUGUGCAUUCCAUCUCUGAACUUUGAAAAAAGUUAGAUGUGGUAGAUAUCAGAACCUCCGUUGGCCUGACGUUUCACAGGGACUUAUCACAAACUCAUUGUCUUCCAUAACUAGUUCAACUUGUCAGGCAACGCAUUGGAUUGGGGAAACUGUACUAAAUAAAAGGUGCUGUAAUCUUCAUUCUUGUCAAAUUAAAUUCCUUCUCUGUUACUGUUAUCUUGUAUGGGCAGAAAGAAUGGUUAACCAGUUCUGGAAAUGCUUCUCUCUGAGCAGUGUAAUUAAUUGCCAACUCGACAAUACUGUUUUGAAGCAGAAGCUGGAAACCUGCUGGUUUGCAGACCUUGCACUUGAGCUCUAUCACCGGUGUCUAAAGCCGAAGCACCUCAUAGGAAACUGGGAGCUGUAACACUUCUAUCAAAGUUUCCUCUUGAACUUCCAUGGACAAAAGUCCAUUUUGAGUGCAUACAGCAAAUGAAUGUCUUCUUCCAGAGGAAGGCAACUCACUUAGGUUUGGUUUUAGUUGCAACUUAAAGGUUUAAGUCCUUAAUUAACCUAAAGGAUAAACAACAGUUGAGUUAACAUUACAAGUUUAUCUGGGUCAAGCCCCUCCAAGGCAGGUUGGAAAACAUUAACAAAACUGAAUAAACUGUCCUUGCUGUAUGAAUAAUGAACUCAGCAAAGCUCACAAUGAGCAGCUCAGCUGUAUUGGCUCAAGAGACUUGCAUGCCUUGACCUGUGAUCUUUUUAGUCUUAAAGUACCUGACAGUAUUUGAUAGGACAGAUGAAUUUCUCGGAACAGCAAGUCUCCCACUAGUGUUCUUACAGUCCAUGUGCUGUUCUCACUCAGGUUAUUUUUCUUUUUUUUUUGUUCCAACUGAUAAAGCUACACCACUGAGAUGGACUUAGGAGAAGGUGCUUGCUUCAUGGCUUGGUGCUGCGUCUCUUCAGUGUUCUGUGCUUGUCACCCGCUCCAGAAAAACCAGGCCUGGAGACUAAGUAAAGCAGCUUUUCACUAUUCCUCUUCUGUACUCGUGAAAAACUUCAGUUUAACUUUCCAGUUACAGCUGAAAACAGGAUAAACGAGGCAGCUACCUUGCUGAGUUUGUAACAGUGGGCAACAAGCAUUCUGACUUGUACCAGGAAGGGUCCCCUGGACUGGAAUCCUGUUGCCUCCACCUCCUAUAGUGGAAGUGCCUGAAUGUAUGCCCUUCUAAGUAGGGGCAAUAUGACUUGAGGGUCCUUGAAUGGCUUCCAGGUGUGCUUCACUGGACAUCCAUGGACAUCAGCAUCAGGUGGGUUGAGUGGAGUGAAUAUAAAAUGGCGCAGAGAUAAAAUGGGAUUCCUGUGAGCAGAGUAAAUGAAGCUUUUGCUUCUAAUCAAAAUGAGUAACUGCAGAUCAGGUGCCUCAAAUAAGGAUGACUUUGACGAGGGGUGUGUGUGGCUGCCUGCUAGCCAUGGUGUGUAGCUGAGGCAACUGAGGGCUGUAGUGAAGAUUCUAGCAACCUUUUGCGUGUUGGGUGGUUAAAGAAUAAGACUUCUCUUCAUCGGUGUACUGUGCUCUUAAAUCAUUCUGGAGCAUGGCUGUAGGCAAGUAACUGGAUAUCUGAAGCUGGAGGUCAUGCAAGACUUGACUAUGCACUUGCACUUAAGCAUUCAAGUAUUAUUCUUGCAUAAUGGCUUAACAUAAAGUCAGGGAACUGUUUACUGCUACGUGCAAUCUUCCAUAUGUGGCUUAGCUGUGGACGUUCAAGUGCUCGUUUUCCUUCUCGUUUGAGCAGAGCAAACAUCUGAGACAAGCCCCUGUUAUCACAAGGGCUAAGUCAUUAUAUGAAAAAAGCAGAUUAAACUGCAGGAGUGCAAUGGCAGACUUGACUCUUCUUUUUUUCUAGAGGAGCAUCUCUCCAGGUGAGAGUACAGAUGCAGCAUGAAGUGUGCCACGUGUUCUAUACAGACUAAUACACCUUUACUGCAAUUUCUAGGUGAACACUUGGCUUGAAGAGAAAGAUGUGUGCAUACAUUUACUAGGCAUUAAACUUAAGCAACAUGUUUAUAACCAUCUGAAGUUCCAGUUGAAUCUUAUCUGGCUUAAGUAUAAUGCUUAAGAAUACUUUAGGUCUAAGGUACAAAGCUGCAAUCUGGAACGUAGUGAGAGGGAUGUAGGGGGGAAAUGCAUCUAACUAAAAGCUCACUUGGAUCUUUUUUUAAAGUUUUCCAAAGCAUUAACCCAGUAUUUGGGCCUAACAGGUCUAUCAAUUCUUGCUCAAAAAGAGGAUACUGUUUAUCAGUUCAACUCAGAGCUUAUGUAGACAGAAGCUUUCCUUAAUUGCUUUAAGCAUAUGUUGCAAUGUUCACCUCCUGUUGACUUUAUAGUUGGGAGAAGGAGGGAAGAGGAACAAAAAAAGCUUUGAUUUUUCACUGUAAUCUCCACACUUCAUGGAAAUGGCAGGUGUUCCUCUUGGGAGGGGAAGGUGUUAUCUCUAACACCAAGUGAGAGGUUUAGCGUAGAGGAAGUGAUUGUGAUUGCAAGACUUAAUAAAACUGCCUCUAAACUAUGUAUGCUAUACUAUAUGAUGUAAAUUCUUAUUUUUUUCCUUACAUAGCUUCAGAGCUUUGUCUCUAACUUGCACAAACAUUUCUAAUGUCUGUAAAACUGGUCACUUUUCAUUAUCAUGCUAAUACAACUGAUUUGUAUUACUAUUGAUAAUAAAAAGAAAAAAUGAGCUUCAUAA